AUGGAGGACCGGAGGAAGAAGCGGAGCCCUAAGACCUGCCUGGCUCAGCCCGCACCCACCGGGGCCCCACGCUCGCUGCCCCCCAGCAAGAGCACUUCCUUCGCGCUGCCGCUGCCCACCCUGCCCUCGCCCCGGCAGCGCGCCCGGCUCAGGCGGACCAGCAAGGAGCGGGUGCGGGCGAGUGGCACCGGGGCGGCGCGGGGGGCGCCGCUGCAGCACAGCUUCCUCACCGACGUGUCCGACGUCUGCGAGAUGGAGGGGGGACUGCUCAGCCUCCUCAGCGACUUCCACUCGGGAAAGCUGCAGGCCUUCGGGAAGGAGUGCUCCUUCGAGCAGCUGGAGCACGUCCGGGAGAUGCAGGAGAAGCUGGCACGGCUCCAUUUCGGCCUCGAUGUCUGCGUGGAGGAGCUCCCCGAGGAGCAGAAGAAAGUGGCAGCUGACAGGAACCUGGACCAGUUGCUGGCACAUCUGGAAGAGCUCAGCAGCUCCAUACAGAAGCUGCAUCUCGCCGAGAGCCCUGACCCCGAGGACGCGGCCGCCUGA